AUGGAGGCCUUUGUCGUGCCAUGUGGCCACCAGUCCACCGUGCAGGCAUCUCACAAGACACAUGCCAGGUGCAUGGUGUGGCACCAGUGGCAACUGCGAAGCCGGGCUUUUGGCCUGUUGGGGCCCAAGUGGGCAGAGUGGCGAAAACGGCCUGCCUUGCUGCAUGACUACUUGAAGAAUUUGCUGAAGGAGAACCCUCUUCUGGUGCCAUCAUUAUUGAACAUGGCAGCAGAAAAGGGGAUUCAAGUUCAGCUUCCCUCCUACAUCCUUGCGAUCACCGGCCAUGGCCGAUGCAAGCAAUGGCAGCAGGCUAUCGACAUAUUUCUUUCCAUCAAAAAGAACCAAGUGAAUGUUUACAUCUACAAUGCCACCAUCAGUGCAUGUGAGAAGACUGGGCAGUGGGAACAUGCCCUUCAACUUCUUGACAGCAUGCAGAUGGCAGCGAUUCAUCCAACAGUGGUCACGUACAACACCACCAUCAGCUCCCUUGAAAAGGGUGCUCAAUGGGAACGCGCACUGACAAUCUUCAACAGCAUGCCAGCUGAACAAGUCUCACCUGAUGUCAUCACCGUCAAUGCGACAAUAAGCUCCUGCGAGAAAGGUGGGAAAUGGAUGCAUGCAACAAAAUUUUUGGACAGCAUGGCAGAGCUUAGUAUUGCUCCGAAGGUGAUAACGUACAAUGCGACCAUCAGUUCAUGCAGGAAAGAUGGGCGGUGGGACAUAGCUCUGUCUCUUCUGCAUGAUAUGUUCUUUGGAAAGCUACUCCCAGAUGUGGUGAGCUACAACGCUUGCAUGGCUGUCUUUGAAACAAGUGGAAAGUGGAACUAUGCAUUGGAACUACUGGUCUUGAUGAAUAUGGAGAAAGCUGUUGUGCCAAACGUUAGGACUUACAACGCAGCGAUGAGAUCGUGUGGCAAACAGUGGGAGAUCGCCGUUGAUUUCUUCGAUCGCAUGGUUGGGGCCACAAUCGAGCCCGAUACGCUGUCCUACAACGCUGUCAUGGGAUGUUUCAGAAGUGCUGAGAAGUCGCAGAAGGCAUUCAGCUUUUUGAACACGAUGCCGCAUAUUAGUCUGUACAGCUACAAUGCAGCGCUGGCAGCUUGUGCAAAACCAGGAGAAUGGCAAUUGGCUUUGUAUAUCUUCAAGAAAAUGCCUCAGACACGGGUCGCUGUGGAUGUUUUGUCCUACAAUUCGACAAUCAAUUCAUGCGAGAAAUCCAGCAAAUGGCAAUAUGCACUUCAUUUGCUGAACAGCAUGAGCAUUGCUGCACUGGAAGCCACUGUGGUGACUUACAACGCCGCAAUCAGCUCUGUGAGUUCUGAAUGGGAACAAGCUGUGGCAUUGUUCAGCCACAUGCGUUCUGCGCAAAUCUUGCCUGAUGUCAUUACGUUCAAUGCCAUGAUCACGGCGUAUGGGAACUCUGCCCAGAAGCAAAGGGCUUUGGAACUGCUUGAAACAAUGACCAAGUUCCACAAGCUCCACAAGCUGUCCCCGGAUGUGAUCAGUUUCAAUGCAGCCAUUCGGUCUUGUCAGGACAACUGGAUACAAGCAACAGCUUUGUUCGAGCAAAUGACUUCCUAUCGACUCAAUCCCGAUUUGAUUAGCUACAACUCUCUGGUCAGUUCCUGCAGCGAUGCAACGGUGUGGCAGCGAGCUCUUUUUCUUCUAACGUCCCUGCAAUUCUCAGAGUUGCGUCCAGAUCUGGUGGGUUAUACCUCGUGUUUAGGUGCAUGUGAGAAGGGCUCAGCAUGGGAGAAGUCUUUGGAACUCUUUGAGGAGAUGAUACGGACAGACAUCGUGCCGGAUGAUGUUGGGUAUGCUUCCAUGAUUGGUGCUUGUCACGAGGGACUGCAAUGGCAACUCGCAUUGCAUGGCGUCUUUUCCAUGUCGCAGCCAGACCUCAUUUCAGUGAACAGAACGUUGGGUUCACUUCACUGUGAGCAGUGGCGGCUGGCCAUUGUCCUUUUGGCGGCAAUGCCGACAAUGCCGACAAUGCAACCCUGGCCAUUGAUCCCAAACAUUGUCAGUUACAAUGAAGCCAUCAAGUGCUGUUCCCAACAUUGGCAGCACGCAUUGCAGCUCUUUCAUGAUGUGAAGAUUGCUCAGCUGCAAGCGACUGCACUGACUUUCGAUGCAGCUUGGGGAGCCUGUGAUGCAACCGAGGCCUGGCCUUUGAAGCAGCUGCUGAUGGCUGAGUUCAAGCGUGGCUGGUCCCGCACAGAUGAUCACAAUCGACUAGUCCAGCAGGUCCAGCAAGUCCCAGGCCCUGGGAGCCAUUGCAGCCUUCUCAUUGCUUGCCCCGCGGCGCACGCGCCGAAGACUAGCAUUGAAGGGGUGCGGGGCGGAUGGGGUGAUGAUGUGAGCUUCUUCGACUCUUCCGUCAAGUCCAAUGUGGAGGCGGCUGAUGGUCUGCGUUUGGUCACCAUUGAGGUACCUGAGGAGGUUUCAAAACCGUAUCAACGUGCUGGACAGUUUGUGCAGGCCAAAGAAGAGGAGGAUUCCAAGGCCUCAUUUUACGCCAUCUCCAGUGCACCUGGAGGAGAUUUGGAGUUUCUGAUCAAGGAAGCUGCUUCCAAUGAUUGGAUCACGGCUACAAAGGGUGGAGAUCUGGUGAAGCUGAGCCCAGCCAUGGGCAAAGGCUUUGACACCGACUGCCAGGCUUGGAAAGAUGCAGGGGUGAGUCAAGUAAGCCUCUUUGCCACCGGAUCCGGCAUUUCACCCAUGAGGGCGCUGAUCGAAUCCAAAGCAUUGUCAGGUAAAGUAUGCCGUCUUUACUAUGGAGCGCGGGAGGAAGGCAACCUGGCCUACGCGAAUCGCUUCGACAAGUGGAGGCAAAGCGGAAUCGAGAUCAUUCCGGUGCUUUCGAAGGGAGAUGACUCUUGGCAAGGCCGGCGAGGCUACGUUCAGGAGGUCAUGAAGGAGGACGAGGAGAGAGGUGAAGGCUUUGUUCUUUCUGCCAAGCACGGAGCGGUGCUUUGUGGCCAGAAAGACAUGGUCACAGCCGUUCGGGCGAUCUAUGCAGAACUGGGUGUACCGGAGGAGAGAACUUUGUUGAACUUUUAG